GUCAGCUAUGUCUUGGAGCGGCGCCAUCUCGAGUGCUAAUGCCAUCAGUCCUACGGAGUAACUAUAUAGUACACCCGAUGCCAAAUCUGUCGCGCUAUCCUAACUAUCCAAGGGUUUUAACUGGCAACGGCCGAAAGUUUCAUACUGUGUGUGUAGUUCGCCCGCCGGAUGCCUGCUCACUUUGUAACUGCGUACGUACGGGGAACAGCUGUUAGUGCUUUCGCCAGCACUCCACUCCGGUUGGAUCCCUUAUUAGUAGCCAAAUAAUACCCCUAUCCACCCCGCUCGCCCCCGAAAGAUUGAGGAAAGUCUUAUUACCCUCUUUCUAUCACAAAAGAAGCAGAAAAAAACAUCAGAACUUGAAACCGACACUAAAUGCUGACAAAUUCAACCGCAACUUCCACCUAUUCUCAAUAAUUCCAACAUCAUGAGUACCGCAAACACACAUGAGGCCACUGAUGCAGCAGCCUCAAACCCCAGACCCGAACUCCCAAUUAUCGAUGUGGACGACGACGCUGCAGAUUCCACCUUUGGCGACGAGUCUGACGCCUCCGCCUACAGCGCCUCGGUCACCUCCUCAAUUCUAAAUUACGAGUAUGCCAACGGUCGUAGAUACACUGGCUACAAAAAGGGGGAAUAUCUUCUCCCCAACGAUGAAACUGAGCAAGACCGUCUUGACCUUCUCCAUCAUGUUUUUCUGCUACUGCUCGAUGGGAAACUCUUUCGCGCACCUAUCGGACCCAGCCCCCAGCGGGCACUGGAUCUUGGAACCGGCACUGGCCUCUGGGCUUUGGAUUUCGGCGAUGAAUAUCCGUCCGCACAGGCCAUAGGGGUAGAUCUGAGCCCUAUCCAGCCGACCUGGGUGGCUCCCAAUGUUAAAUUCUAUGUUGACGACAUUGAAACCGAUUGGGCUUACAGCCGUGACGAGCCCUUUGAUCUUAUCCACUCACGCCAGAUUGGUGGAAGCGUUGGGAACUGGAAAAAGCUGCUCGCGCAGUGUUUGGAGCACUUGAAACCAGGAGGAUGGCUGGAGCUUCAGGAACCUGAGGCUUGGAUGUCGUCCGAUGACGAUACCAUGGAAAGGGCCACUGCCUCCGCUGAGUACCAAACCCUCUGCAAUGAAGCUGCGAAGAAAUUUGGGAAGGAACUCAAUGUCGCUCAUAAGUUUAAGCAAAUGCUUAUUGACGCGGGAUUCGAGGAUGUGCGGGAGGAAAUCCACAAGGUUCCAAUCGGUCCCUGGGCCAAAGACCCAAAACUCAAAGAAGUCGGACGCUAUUUCCUGGAACAUGCUCUUCUAGGCGUUGAAGCGUACGCUUUCGGCUUUAUGGGUAAAGUUCUUGGAUGGACUCACGCUGAGUGCCAGGUCCUCUCGGCCAAAGUGAAGGCGGAGUUUCGCAAUCGGCAGAACCAUAUGUAUAUCAAGACCUAUUUUGUCAGCGGGAGGAAACCCAGCUAAAACAGAGUUUUCCCCCAUCUUAUAUUUGUUGUUGUCUUUGACUUUUUUUAUUUUUUAUUUAUGAUAAUGACUAAACCUCACUUGGACAUACAUUCCCCACCUCCACUGAGCACUUUUUUCAUUCAGAGAAUUAUCCAUUUAGAUAAGCAGCAUGAAGAAUUGGGCAUAUUCAUCACUUCUUUGUGUUUCUAUGCACAUUCUGCAAGUAGCUAUCUUCAGCAAGAUACUCAUAGAUUAUAUAUUGGCUAUUUCGCUCCUUUUGAAUCAUGAUCAUGCCAAUGAUGGUACUUCAAAAACAAAAUAGAAUUUCUCCAUGAAUAGAAUCGACACUCCACUCCACCGCUUUGCAACACACAGCAUCCAGUUAUGUAUCACCAAGACAAUAAUAUAUCAGAUGGGUUGGUUGGGAACAAAUAUUUUAGACCCGUAACGGGCCCCAGAGCUAAAGUCGGCUGCUCCCUGGCAAAUCAACCAGAGCUAAGCGAAGCGUGAAAGCUCAUUGGAACGCUGUAUUCGCUGGUCUGAUCAAGAACGACCGCCAGCUUCUCGGAUGUAUUAGCCGCAAGAAGCACCAAAACUAACUUUCGCUGGGCAGAAUGAUAAAGUCCACACCUUGCAGGAUAUAAUAAUGGCGGUAAUAGAAACUGAUAACUUAUUAAGUAUUCGCUGACCAAGAAUGAAUGCCCUUCAAUAACCCAACGAGUGUUGUUCUUCUUCUUCUUCUCUAAGGCACUUCGGGGAAAUGUGUGGAACGCGGCUUUUUACUUCAACACCUAGUUCCAAAGCUCGAACCGCCGUUGCAUCAGCCGGGAGCUGGUGAUACUAACCAACCAACUGUCUAAUUCGACUAGAUGGAUGGUAACUGAUGGGCUUAUUGUCUCUCUCAUAGUUACGGCCACAGGGGCAUGACGCCCGCAGAAAUCAACCAUGAUAGAGCCCUAACUAGCGCUCUUGACCCGCUCAUUAUCAGGCCGUUGUCUAAGAUAUAUGGCGGACAAUGAGAUUUGAAGCUAGUGACGUUGUUCGCGUCUCUCUCUCAAAAAAUGUCGGCGCGAGCGGUAUCUGUGCACUUGCAAGAGGAUCUACGGCUGAGAUUUGAGGACUCGGGAGCAGCGAGGACGUGGUUUGACAGCAUACACCCUCGUCCCGCUGCUGGCCGUGCGUGAGAGAGAAAGACAGAGGUUGCUCUGCUGGUGGUUUCAUCACUGGAUACUCAGACCAGUCCUGGCUGUUCUAGUCCGAAUCCGCAACUACAGUGCGCAUCAUAUCGCUUUUUCUAAUUCCACAAGUUUUCACGUCUCCUCGUCCUCCGAAUACAUGGCCAAGAAUUUCGCAAUAAGAUGGUAAACAGUGGUGGCUACAUGGAAAGCCAGAAGCUUGACGGAUCCAACUUUUGAUAACUCUUCGGGGGGCUUCAACUAUGAUAUUCUGUACUGUCCAUUGCCCUUCGCCACCAUCUCACGCCUUUGGAUUUUGGCAUUACCACCUGUUCUGUUGAAACUGGUUGCACUACAUUUUCCUGUUUGCUGAACAAACUGGUGGGUUCAUAGUUUAGUGCAUGAUUAAUGAAUCAUUUCUAUAAAUGUCAACAGCAGAGUUGAUUGUUUCCCCCUAAAUCUCAUACCCAACUUGUGAUUCCUGGAAUUAUUGCCUCUUGAUCAGCUACCAAUAAGUGUGCAAUUGAGUGAUAACCUAUAUCAAGUACUGCCACAUCAUACGUCAUUGCCUUGAAAGCGCCAUGACUGCACGGCUGUUUGUUUUGUAAAAGAGCUUAACAAACAGCCUUUUCUGUGUUCCCCUGUCUUAACCCCCCUAGCAUAUACAUACAUACCAAGCGCUGAGGUGUGGAUGGACCAAACUAUGUACUGUGCAUUAUUUUCCCCUGGCCGGGUUUUGUCUUUACUAUUCGGCCGGCCGCUAUUUGAAUGGAACCACAACGCGCGAAUUAACGGACGGGGUUGGUGACUGGUUAUAUCAACUCCCGUCAAUGAGGGACUAAUGUUAGCUCCUUCUUCACUUCCUAGAGUCUGGACGGUAGCUCGUUGCGGUGGCACAUGGUAUAUAUGCUAUAUAAAGGCCAACUGCUCUGCUAGUUAGCCGUCAGCGGCAAGUUAGCCGGUGAAACAUUGGGGAUGAGCGUUGGGGGGGAGGGGGGGGGGGAGAAUACAUAUCGAACGUUAAAAAUUAGAUAGAGAUGGAUUGCCUUUUGCCUUUUUACCUUUUUCUCUUCCCCUGAUUUCAUUCAGGCCGAAUUAACCACAUGGCACAAGUAUGAGAUAACUUACGGAUCGCGAACCAACCUCCCGCCAUCCAUCUAUCGCUUGUACAAAAAGUUAUAGUUGCAUACCACCUGCAUCAUUCGGUCGUCGGACCAGUCUGAAUAUCAAAAAGUCCAAAAUCGAAAACCUUUGCGACCAAACAUCCACUUCGCCAUCUGAUUGUCUACCCGCAAGGGCUAACUAUUAAAAUAUCGGAUGGCAGACACAUACUCCGUACAUACAUCAAUCAGAGCAAAACAAUAGGACAAAACACACCCAACCACAUCCAUCCCACUUCUAACCAAGCACAUCUCCUAUCCCAUCCCAUCCCGCUAUUUGCCUUCUAGAAACUCCAUGCUAUGCAGUACAGUUCCGGUUGGUUGGCUACAUCGUAAGCUAAAAUGAAGCCAUGUAGUUACCUAACUACUGUAGCUACAUGCGCACGCUUCGAGUCCCAGGACCAUGGUUAGGGUGGCCUCAGGUGUCAGCAUUCUAAUUCUACAGUAC